GAUUCAUAAGAGUUCAAUAGAGACAGCUAGAUCUUAUGUGUUGUUCCCUGCAUAGAUUCAGUUGUGCUCAUGCAUUUAAAUGAAAUGCAAAACACUUUCAUUGCGAGCAUUUUUGAAUUGUAAUUCAUGCUGUCGGAUUUCUUAAAGGACUGUACUGAAGACACUUUUCUCCCCCUUUCUAAUGGAUCUUCUAGCUGAUAUGGUAGGUAGAUUUGUUGUACAAGGAAAAUCCCUGCUAAAUGAUUUUUCCUGCAGGAUGUAGUGAGUUGGCAGCUUAGCGCUUAGCAGCUUGUCUGGCAGUGUCAGACUGAACCUCCUGCUUCUUUAGUGAGUUGCUGGACUUUACAUCUCGGGUCACUGGCUUUUUCAGUCAUCCAGAAAGCCAAACAUCUGAACCUAGGGGAGGUGACAAGGAACAGCCAGCUACAGUUUCAUCCCAGGAAGGACACCAUAAAUCAUGGGCUAUUGCAGGCAGAGCCAGGAAUGCAGCGAGCAGACCAGCUUCCCCGACUGACCUGGAGAUGAUGCUGAUCCUCUCGGUGAUAUGACACUGCUGACGAUUGUGGGAGAAGAGAUCAUGGCAGAAAGCUUCUGGGGAGCAUCCACUUUCACUGAUAAGAUGACAGAGAUAGCUCAAGCUUAAGAGGAUUAUGUUUUAAUGGUACAUGGGAAAAAAAACAAUCUUUCCUAUCAACUCGUGUCAGUGUGAUAAGGAUCUCAUAUUGUGAUGGUAAGGAUGACCUCUGAAAGUUUCUCUUUCUCAUAAGCUGAUACAGACACCGUAUAAGGGAAGGCAGAAAGGAGACCUGUCUGUUUUUAUUUCUCCAGAAUUCAAACUGAUCACACCCACUGGAAGACCCACGUGUAUUAGCAGAAUUGGGAGCUUCAUAAUAAUACUGGGACUGCAGAUUGGAGUCUAUGUUCAAAAUUGAAGGAACCCAGACCUGGUGAUGCAGUAGGAAAUGCCCAGCUCCACUGUAAUGGCAAUUGGAGCUCUCUCCAGUUCUCUUCUUGUAACAUGUUGUCUGAUGGUUGCCUUGUGUAACCCAACUAUACGUGUACAAAACCUCACACAGACACAACAUCAAGAACAUUUGAAAGACAGCCAAGAAAAAAGGGAUCAUGCAGCUCAUGACAGUCAAAACCAGACAACAUUGGGUAAAGUAAAUAAAAGCAAAACAGAGAAGGAUGAAACCAUUAAAGACUGGAAAAAUAAAGCUAACAAAACUGUUUUAAACAAAGAACUUUUGACUAGACAAAAACAGUCUCUGAGUAAUCAAACUCAGAGCAGUAAAUCAGGGACUGUAACACAAAUACAAUCAGAUAUUAUACAAGAUCAGCCGCUGGAGGAAAAAUUCAUUCCAGAUCCUGUUACCACACCAGAAGCUUCAGAGGAAUAUGCAUAUCCAGAUUACCGGGGAAAAGGUUGUGUGGAUGAGAGUGGAUUUGUUUAUGCUAUUGGAGAAAAGUUUUCACCUGGUCCGUCAGCUUGCCCUUGCCGCUGCACAGAAGAAGGUCCCCUUUGCAUUCAGCCAGAGUGCCCUAGGCUUCACCCACGCUGUAUUCAAGUCGAUAACAGCCAGUGCUGCCCACAGUGUAAAGAAAGAAAGAAUUACUGUGAAUUUCGAGGAAAAACAUAUCAAUCUUUGGAAGAAUUUAUGGUUUCUCCUUGUGAGAAAUGUCGCUGUGACUCAAAUGGUGAAGUUAUGUGCACGGUGUCAGCAUGUCCUCAGACUGAGUGUGUGGACCCAGUCUAUGAGCCAGAUCAGUGCUGCCCCAUCUGCAAAAAUGGGCCAAACUGCUUUGCAGAGACUGUUGUUAUCCCAGCAGGAAGGGAAAUAAAGACUGAUGAUUGCACUAUAUGUCACUGUACCUAUGAAGAAGGCACCUGGAGGAUUGAGCGACAAGCAUUGUGCACUAGACAUGAAUGCAAACAGAUAUAAAUGUAAAAUAAAUAAAACAAUACCUCAGUGGUAUAAAUGGACUUAUGGCAAUGGACAAUCUGAAAGGAAAACGUGGGAAACUGUUAUGAUUGAAAUAAAAAAAACAGUUCCUGCCACUAUAUUUCUUUUUCAAAAACUGUACAAUAUCUGAAUUUUGAAAAUUUUCUGAUAUAGAUUUCUGUCUGAAUAAAUGUGUAUUUUUCACAGUAAUUACUUAAUUACACUAAAUAUUCUAUGUAUCUAUACAUCCUUAA